GACAACUUAAAGACAGGCUUCCUAUUUCCCAAUGCUUGUCUGUUCUUGCAAACUUACUUGAAAUCUACGUAAAGCUAAAUCCUAGGUAAUCGUUAUAAAACCAUGGUGCGUAUGAAUGUGUUGGCCGAUGCUUUGAAAUGCAUUAACAAUGCCGAAAAGCGUGGUAAACGGCAAGUUUUGCUGCGACCUUGCUCGAAAGUAAUCAUAAAAUUCCUUAGUGUGAUGAUGAAACAUGGAUAUAUAGGCGAGUUUGAGAUCGUUGACGACCAUCGUUCCGGCAAAAUUGUAGUGAAUCUUACUGGUCGCCUAAAUAAAUGCGGAGUCAUCUCUCCACGUUUUGAUGUACCGAUUAAUGACAUUGAGAAAUGGACAAAUAAUUUAUUACCUUCACGUCAAUUUGGUUACGUUGUAUUAACGACAUCAGGCGGUAUAAUGGAUCAUGAAGAAGCCAGACGAAAACAUUUAGGAGGCAAAAUACUUGGUUUCUUUUUUUAAACGGUAGCACACAUGUGAAAUUGUACUUUUAAUUUUAAUAUCUAACAUGUGUGUUAUCAUUUAAAAAAAGAAUUUGCAAUGCUAUUGUUUUCCUAUUUUUCUUAAUUUAACAAAACAAAAAUGGAUACUUUAUAAAAGUGAUUUAUUGCUUAAUUUUCAAGUCGCCAGAAAAGAAUAAAAAUGAUGCAAUAAAUUCA